CGGGUUGUUAUAGUGGAGGUUGUUGACGUGGAGCAGUUCGCCGGCAGAGUGUGUGGCGAGGGAGUUACAUGUAGUCCGUUAACGUGUCUUACUCGCCGUCGUGCUCGCUGGCGAAGUUGCGCUGGAGGCACGUGCGGGAGCUAGUGACGGGAGCGACAGCCUAUUCAGAGAGAAUUGGGGACUUGCAUGCUCCUUCGGUCGCGCGGGAGAAGCGACUCGAAGCUUCGGGGCUACGCAGACAGGAAACUCACGACAUGAUCUCAAUGGCCGCAUGGUCCCAUCUCGCGCGCGUUCUGUCCUUCCUCAGACUGCCACUGCCGCUGCCGCUGCUCCAAUGUCACGAUGAUGUGCGCAUCCGCAUAAGGCAGAUGAACACCUCAACCCGCCUUAGACAGCGCCGUGGAGUAUUGAUAGAGGGUUUGCGUCCCUCGCGAUGACUUGCAUCAAGAAUACCUGUCCUGUAUCCGCGACAACGGCAUGCACUUUCAGCAGCUCAUGGGAGAAAGGGCCAUCGUCCGCCUGCUCAAAAUGGUAUGAUAACCAGCUCGCAUGGCAUGAAACUUCGAGAAAAAGGUCUCUGGCUCAUGAUCUUGCAGCUUGGCAGCCUUCGAAAUCUGAUCUAGACGCCGACAA